AUGACACUCCGGUAACCAAGUGAGAUAUCUUUCACUGUGAUACCGCAAGACACAAGAUUUGGUAGAUCUUCUUCCCUUCUCAGCUCAAAAUGUAUCGUUCUUACCAACCAAUAACCCCGGCGAGUAAUAAGUUAUUAAAGCAAAGAUGGGACGACACAUAUUUCGAAGAACAUCGCAGAAAGGUUGCAACAUCAAAAGCGGUAGUUGAUAAUAAACCACCCAGAACAUACAUGCACCUUCAUUUGAAAUUAAAAAAAUUACAGAUUCAAGAAGAACGAAUAGCAACAAUUGAAAGAGAUAACAGAAUCCUUCUUGAAAAGAUGUCUCAGAUCAUGAGAACAAAAGGAAGAGUGGACAACUGGAAUGACUAUACUGCCAAAAGUCUGAACAGGACAAAAAGACAACAAGAGUUGUUACGUGUUACUCAUGAGAAUCAGGCUAUUUUAAAGAGGGUUCUGGCUCAAAAACCAGUCUAUGACCAUUCAAAAUGGGAGGAUCAUUGGUUGGAAAAAGAAGGAUACAUGGACAGCAUUUCAAAAUAUCCUAAAGAAUGGUACAAAAAAAGCGCAGCUAAAAAGUUGAAGGAAAGAAAAAAUGAUGGAAAAGAAGACACAAGCACCUCAAAGAAAGGAACUAAAAAGGACAGAACGUCACCAAGGGAGGAGAAAAGCAGCAGAACGGCGAGUCCUCAAGAGGAUGUUGAAGGAAAAUCAGUCAGUCCGAGAGAAAAAGAAGAAAGGUCAAAGAAGGACAGUGGAAAAGAGAAAGAAGUUCAUGAAAUAAAAGAAGAAAAAGUAGCAGGUGAAGAUACUGUGAUUGAAGAGCCAGAUGAGAAACCUGUUAAAACAGAUGAAAAUCCAGAUGAAAUAGCAGAAACUAUAGUCAAAGAAGAAAACUGAAAUAGAUAGAAAAUAUAAAAUGUUGAUGACUGAUGUUAUUAGUUGUACGAAAGAGACAUGCAUUGGCUUGCACACAAAGGUUGAACGUAUUUGACAGCAUUAUUGAACACAAGGACACACAAACCAUCAAGUUAAAUACAUGAUUACUUUUCUAUUUAAAUUAUUAAAAGUAAAAAUUGGGAUGUUUUUAGCCAAAUUGAUCAUAAGAAUGACUUUAAUCUUUGAAACACUUCUUCUUCAUAUUCUGUAACAUGUCUAUAAUCUCCUGUGUCGGUAUGUUAUCAAGGUGAUGAGUGACUACCAAACUAUUCAUUUUGCUUCAGAUAACAAUUAUUAUAUCUAUGAAUUACGUUUAUGUUUAGUGGUGAGGGUUAUCGCAGAUGUAUCAGUCUAACCUAGAUAUAAAAAUGGAAGACAAAUGAAGACGUGUUCAAUUAUGUAUAUUUAAGAUUUUUAA